CCUGCGAUCACUGUCGACCGUUGUUCUCGGCGGCUAAGACACGGCUCGAGUAUCAAACUUCCGAAUCUUGCGAAUCAAUCAAACAUCGUGGAAAUCUGUAUUUCUAUCACAUCCUCGAACUAUCCUUCUCUACCCCCCGUGCAUCUCGUAUAAGUGAUAAAAUUUUCUAAAACCAGCCAGUUUUCUAAUCUUUCAAUCGUGUCUUUGAUCUAUAAAAAAAAAAGAAAAAAAUAAAUGGCAACUCGAGACUGGCGAAUUGUACGGUGCUUGCCAAAACUGAGCAUGAUAAGAAAAUUCUAGCUUACUGUUGUUUCAACUACCACAGUUUUAACCGCUCGCCUUUAAAAAAUUCAGUGCAAAUAAACGGAGAACGUGCUUCAGAGACGAAGCACGAGUAAUUUCGAAGUAAAAACGCUUCCUUUUGUGCACAAAUUUAACCAAAGAUACGACGACAGACGAGCUUCGCACAGUUGGGGAUGCUACUGGCAAAUGUGGAAAGGACGUGUCUGCUUCUGAUGAUAAUUCACAUUUUACUCGGUGAUAAAGGCAUCUAUGCCGAGACAUUCACUCUGGGGUACAUUACCGGCUCGAAACGACUUUUUCACGACUUAGAGUACGCGCGUCCCGGUUUCCAAAUAUCAGGAGCUAUCACUCUGGCCGUGGAAGAGGUGAACGCCGGUGAACUUGGUAGACGAGGGCACAAUUUGGACUUUCUCGUUGCUGAAACUUUUGGCGAGGAGGAGACCAGCAUUCUGAUGACGGCGGAUUUGUGGACGAAAAACGUUAGUGCAUACAUCGGGCCCCAGGAAACUUGCAUUCACGAAGGCAGAAUGGCGGCUGCAUUCAACAUUCCUAUGAUUUCAUACUUUUGUACGCAUAACGAAACAUCGAAUAAGAAGGAGUUUCCGACGUUUGCGAGAACGCGGCCACCCGAUACGCAAAUUUCAAAAUCUCUUCUAUCAGUAUUGUUAGCAUUCAACUGGACAAAAGUAACCUUCAUGCAUAUGAAUUCAACGAUGUUUGAAUUCAACAAAAUGUCUACGAUUGCGACGACAAUUCUUACAUCUUUCGAAGCAGCUGGAAUUAGUGUAAAUUAUCGUCGUUCGUGGAACGAACCUUAUUAUGCGACGCACAUGAAAAAUCCUUUCCAUGAACAUGUCAAACAAACGUAUCGAGAAACACGAAUUUACGUAAUACUCGGACAUUAUUACGAACACAUGGGUCUCUUAAUGGCUCUGGACGAAAUGAACCUCUUGGAAAAAGGCGAAUAUUGGGUUGUCGGCGUUGACAUCGAACAAUACGAUGAAAAACGUCCAAGCAAGUAUCUGCGCGGACUGUGGGAAAAGAAGACAAAAAACCUGUCAGCAUAUCGUAGUUAUUUCAGUAUCGCUGCGUCCGCGCCGAUUAAUUUCACAAACUUCACUCGGCUCGUCAACGAGUACAGACAAAAACCGCCAUUCAAUUUUACAAAUCCGUUGGCAAACGUGGGAGGAAUAGUUCAGAUCGUGCCGGAGACAGCGUAUCUGUAUGAUGCGGUGCAUCUUUACGAGAGAUCGCUGCUACGUGCCCUCGACGAGAAUCGAGACCCCCGGAAUGGCCGAGAGAUGGUGUCGGCGCUACAUGGCGUUCAUUAUAAAAGCGCAAUGGGAUACAUGGUAUACAUGGAUGAGAAUGGAGAUGCCGAGGGCAAUUACACAUUGAUUGCAUUGGACCAUCGACCUACGAAAGGCUACGGGCUUUAUCCCAUUGGGAAUUUCGUUGGAAAAGAACAAAAAACAAAUUUACCAAAGCUUCAAUUAAUUAAGAAAAUAACAUGGAUCGGAAAUGGACCACCGGUCGCAGAACCUUAUUGCGGGUAUGAUGGUGAAAAAUGUAAUUUUCAUACUGGCGAAAUUAUAGGAGGUAUCGCCGGCACAUUGUUGCUCAUUAUUGCAGCGGUUGUUCUGAUCCUUCAUAGAAACUGGAAAUAUGAACAAGAGUUAGAUAGUUUGCUAUGGAAAGUCAAUUACAAAGAUAUCGAGAUCAAGGAGCAGAAGGAUGAAACAAUGAGAUCCGACGAAACGUCUGCCAAUUCCAAGUCAUCAACGAUGCAACCCAUAGUGCGAACUAGUCAAGUGUCGCUAAGUUCUAAUCCAGACUCGGUCAGAUAUUCCACGAUUUACACACAAAUCGGAGUAUAUAAAGGGCAAAUUUUUGCUGUUAAGAAAGUUAGGAAGAAAUCGAUUGAGAUUACGCGAGAAAUGAAAAAAGAACUAAAAAUGAUGCGCGAUUUAAGACACGAUAACUUAAAUUCGUUUAUUGGUGCAUGCACCGAUCCGCCUAACAUAUGCGUCAUCGUCGAAUAUUGCGCACGCGGAAGUCUUAAGGACAUAUUGGAGAACGAAGAUAUAAAACUCGAUAAUAUGUUUAUGGCGUCUCUCGUCGGUGACAUCAUUAGAGGUAUGAUCUAUCUUCACGAGUCAGUCAUAAAGUACCAUGGAUCGCUCAGUACGUCAAAUUGCCUUGUUGAUUCGCGAUGGGUUGUAAAACUAGCAGAUUUCGGCCUCCACGAAUUUAACCAGGAUGCCGAAUACGAUCCCUCCGACGUUAUAAAAAAAUAUCACGGAUUGUUAUACAAAGCGCCUGAAUUAUUACGCUCUACGCGUCUCGGGACGCCAACUGUUCGUGAUUUUCAAAGGGGUGACGUGUAUUCGUUCGCCAUCGUAUUAUAUGAACUUCAAGGACGACAUGGGCCAUUCGGUAUUACGGAACUAUCAGCAGCCGAAAUAUUAAAAAAAGUAAUCGCAAGAGAUUCUGAAAUAUCACCGUUUAGACCUCCAUUGGAUCAACUGGAGAAUACGUUUGAUUUCGUUCGUGACUGUUUGCUGGAAUGCUGGGCAGAAAAUCCUGAGUUACGUCCAGAUAAUUUUAAGAUAAUAAGAAACAAAUUGAGACCGCUACGAAAGGGCAUGAAAGCGAAUAUUUUUGACAACAUGAUGGCGAUGAUGGAAAAAUAUGCGACGAAUUUGGAAGCACUCGUUGACGAACGGACAGACCAAUUGACUGAAGAAAAAAAGAAAACAGACGCAUUAUUAUACGAAAUGUUACCGCGUUCCGUGGCCGAGCAAUUAAAAAAGGGAAAGAAAGUUGAGGCGGAAAGUUUUGCUUGUGUCACCAUAUAUUUUAGCGACAUAGUUGGUUUCACAUCUAUGUCCGCAGAAAGCACGCCGUUGCAAGUGGUCGAUUUUCUAAACGAUCUCUAUACAUGCUUCGAUUCGACGAUAGAAAAUUUUGAAGUGUACAAAGUCGAGACUAUAGGAGACGCUUACAUGGUGGUAAGCGGCUUGCCAAUAAGAAACGGUAAUCAGCAUGCUGGUGAAAUAGCGAGCAUGUCAUUGUGCCUCUUAGACGCCAUUAAACAAUUUACCAUCCGUCACAGACCGCUUGACAAACUGCAACUACGCAUAGGAAUACAUUCCGGUCCGGUGUGCGCUGGCGUUGUUGGUUUAAAAAUGCCACGAUAUUGUUUAUUCGGCGAUACAGUUAAUACCGCAUCUCGUAUGGAAUCUACAGGAUUACCGCUAAAAAUUCACUGCAGUAGUGAGACAAAGCAGCUGCUUGAUGAGCUACGAGGAUUUUUUUUUGUCGAACGUGGCAAAGUUCCCAUGAAGGGCAUCAAGGGCGGCGAACGUCUAACCUAUUUUUUAAUCGGAGAGGAUCCAAUAUUACGCAGCAAACGUAACAAGGAAAGAGCGAGUAAGCGAAGCGGCGGUAGCAAGAAAAUCAGCAUAGCAGAUCCUCUGGUUCCUCGAAGUUCUCUGAAGAACAAGUCCCUUGUCAGAUCGACUUUCAUGAGGUGUUCCAGCGAAUCCCCGAAACGCUUGCGAUUCGCCAGCUCGGAUCAGCUUGACAAAAAGGGUUCAAGGGUAAGCCAACUGGAAUCGAUAGUCGACAACAGCCCGUGCAAAACGAAAGUCUCAUGCGUGUUACGAUCGUCCUGCAUGGAGAGCUGGCGAUCUUCCAGCAACUCAUGUCCGUGCGUUGAGAAGCUAUGCGAUCAGGAGACUCAGCCGGAACUGGUAGAACACGAAUUGCCAUCGGACGUUAAGAACAUGCCGCUGCUUCGAACCAACUUAAUCUUCGGAAACGAGUCGUGCCUUCUGCGACCUGAAGCCAAAAGUUUCCGCUUCGGCACUCCUGGAAUACUCCAGAUCGCCUGCAAAUCAGCACCCAACAGCCCCAAGCGUAGCAUGGUGACGUUGAACGCCCAGAAAAGAGCGGCACAGUCGAACGAAGAAAUCGAUGGAUGGGACACAAUGACACCAUUGAUCUACUAUCCGGCUGAUCGCUUGGAUUCAAAGGUUUAAGAGAUCGACAUACAUGAUAUUAUAAACACAGUAGCAAAAUUUAUACAAAUUAAUUUAUAUUACAUAUACUUAUACUAUGUAUCAAAAUAUUUACAAGGCUAACUUGACAAUCAAGAAUUUUGCGAACGAUAUAAGUAUGCCGAUUUUUUAUCCAUAAUCUGCCAAUUGUAAUUUUGUGCCAAGUAGCACAUUUUUUAACGAGAUUUCUCACUUACACGAUGUACCAAAGCGCACUGUAUACGUACAAACUUUACACUUAGAUAUCAAUGUAUUAUUUAUAACUAAAACAGAGACAGUGAUAUAUCUUUCCAAUGAUAUAUAAUUCCUUUCUUUUUCAGCGCAUAACGACAAUAUAUUCCUUACGUUAGCAUAGACAAUCGUAAAAGGUUCGUGCUUCUUAAAUAAAUGUCUAGUCAAUGCUACUUUAAAUAUCAUAUUUGUCUUUGAGCACCUUUAUAUAACUGCCAAACGUUAUAUGAAAGAAGAUUAAUUCUUGUAUUGCACAAAAAGACCCAACCAAUCGUUAAUGACUAAGAAGACAAAAGUAUUAUUACUAUUUCUAAAUGCUUUUCGAAACCAUGAUCUAUUAAUGAAUGAUAUUGUUUAAUAAAUAUUUACUCUUUCAAGGAAAGAUUGGUUCUUAUAUACAUAUAUAUGUAUACAAUGUAUU